CAGCAAUCAUGCCCGUGCCAUGGUCAUAAUCGAAUGUUUGAAAGACGGUGAAGAGAACAAGUAUUAGUUGCCUCGGUGUCCUAAUCAUUGAGACAUUUGCUCCGGGAAUAUUCAGAGUUUCUAUAGAACACUCAGUGGUACAUGGUGUUCAUAUCGCUCAGGCCAGGUUCCAGUGUGGCAAUCCUUGCGCUCAGGCCAGGUUCGACUGUGGCAAUCCUUGCGCUCAGGCCAGGUUCCAGUGUGGCAAUCCUUGCGCUCAGGCCAGGUUCCAGUGUGGCAAUCCUUGCGCUCAGGCCAGGUUCCAGUGUGGCAAUCCUUGCGCUCAGGCCAGGUUCGAGUGUGGCAGUCCUUGGGCUGUUUGUUGUAGUUUUCAAGCUAACGCCAGUAACGGAAAACCCAUGAGUGGAUAGUUUGCAGUCGACUACUGACUACUGGUCUGUACUGCAGGUCGUCUUCGGGUGUGGUCACGUGUGUGGAGUAGAUUGGAGGACGGGUACCGGGUAGUGAUUGCUUCCCAAUCUACCAGGCAGCACCUGCUGCGGCUGCUGCUACUAGCGCUGCUGCUGUAAUUCCUACUAUCUGCUACUCAGAGCUUGGAACGUAGCUGUGUCACUGUGUAUCGUGAGUAGUUACACUCCACACCAGACCAUUGCACAUUCUUGCCGGCGAUUUGUUCCAGUCGUCAGCAGUUCACCGUGUAAUAUGGAAGGUGAACGCUACGCUUUCCUCGUGGAGUGGUAUGAUUCGCUAGCGGGCAUAGUGCGACGCUACAACUUCCUCUUCUAUCCUAAAGAUAACAGCGUGGAAAUGAUUGAUGUGAAAAACAAGCGCAUAUUCCUGAAAUGUACCAAGGAGGAGUCUAUCAGGCUGGAUCACUGCUACAUUGGUUCAUCAGUUAAUCUACAUGGUCGACAACUGAAGUUUGUAGAGUACUCUGACACUUUCACCAAGACUAAACUCUCCAUGGCGAAAGAAAAAACUCUGGCGAUAUUCAAGCCGGACAUCAUGGAAAAAAUGCCUCUCCUGCUUGAGAUUCUCUGCACUGAAGGAUUUCAGAUCUGUGAUAUGAAGACAGUGGUGUUGAGCAAGUCUGCGGCUGAAGAGUUUUAUCGCGAGCAUAGUGCUAAACCAUUUUUCAGAACUCUGGUAUCGUUCAUGACGGAAGGACCAAUCAUGGCGCUCAGCUUACUAGCCGACAAUGCCGUCAGCAGAUGGAGAGAACUUAUUGGACCAACAAACUCGGCUGAUGCCAGGUCUCAAGCUCCGGAUAGUCUCAGAGCAAGGUUUGGCACAGAUCAAACACGCAAUGCCUGUCAUGGAUCAGAUUCAGUGGCAUCGGCUGAAAGAGAGACGGAGUUUUUCUUUGGAGCAGGCAGCAACAGCAGUCGUGGCCUUCAAGUCCCGGCUGAGCUUGACAACUGCACAUUGUGUUUGGUCAAGCCAUACACAAUGACACAAGGUCUGCUUGGGAGAGUAGCUCGUGAUAUUGUGCAAGCUGGUUUUGACAUCUCUGCCAUGCAAAUGUACCAUUUGGACAAGAGCACAGCAGAGGAGUUCUUGGAAGUCUACAGAGGUGUUGUUGCCGAAUAUCCGGAGAUGGUAUCUGAGUUGUGCUCAGGAGCAUGCGUUGCCAUGGCAUUAACUCAUCAACAUGGCGGUGCUUGUGUAGAGCAGUUCAGACAGUUUGUUGGACCAGCAGAUCCAGAGAUAGCUCGUCACUUGCGUCCCAGCACGUUGCGUGCAAAAUAUGGACACAAUAAAUUGAAGAAUGCUGUUCACUGCACGGACCUAGCUGAUGACGGUAUGCUGGAGGUUGAGUACUUCUUCAAGAUUCUCCAGUAAUUACGGAAACAGACAAGACUUCAGUAACCGUUACAGCGCAUCCUCAGUAAUCGGCGUCACAAUGCAUUUUCAUUGAUGUGUUUUCUGUAACCGCUGGAAUAGAUAUUCAGCCGCCGGUGCAGCAAUGUUGUUGAGAGAUGCAAAGGCGAGGUUUGAUGAGCUGAUUUCGAUGUGAUAUUAAUCCUGAAACGUAAUGCAAUGCCAUAGUAAAUGACUGUCGGCGAAUUCAUUCCUUUUCGCUUUCAUUAUAAGAAGAGAAUUUAUCUUUCUGUUUGAACCACACAUAUACCAUGCAUGCGUGGUGUCUGCGGGCUCUAUGAUGUCAUGAUGUUACGGUGUCAUGAUGUCAUGAUGUUAUGAUGUCAUGAUGACAUGAUGCCAUGAUGUUAUGAUGUCAUGAUGUUAUGAUGUCAUGAUGUUACGGUGUCAUGAUGUUAUGAUGUCAUGAUGUCAUGAUGUUAUGAUGUCAUGAUGAUACGGUGUCAUGAUGUCAUGAUAGAUCAUCUUUCUCUUAUGUCAGUACAAAAUGGCAAUCAUGUGCGGGCUAUGUGCAUUCGUUGUGAGUUAUCUGAUCCAGCUGCAGGGUGUGCAUUUGUGUUUAUUCAUUACAGUGUUACACACUGCAUGUAUAGUAUGUAUGCUGCAGUUGAUAGUUUUGUAUUGAUAGUACACAUUAUCAUGUAUAGUAUGUAUGCUGCAGUUGAAAGUUUUGUAUUGAUAGUACAUAUUAUCAUGUAUAGCAUGUAUGCUGCAGUUGAUAGUUUUGUAUUGAUAGUACACAUUAUCAUGUAUGGCAUGUAUGCUGCAGUUGAUAGUUUUGUAUUGAUAGUACACAUUAUCAUGUAUGGCAUGUAUGCUGCAGUUGAUAGUUUUGUAUUGAUAGUACACAUUAUCAUGUAUGGCAUGUAUGCUGCAGUUGAUAGUUUUGUA